CAAACGGUAGAAAAUGGAUGGGUCGUUUUGUCCUGGUCGAAAUGGCAUUUCCCAAUAAGGUUGCAUGACAACGUGUAACAUAAUCGGUUUUAAUAAUAAUUCCUCUUUUGUUAGAUUUGCAUUAAAAACAACUCCUUACUUACAAAAGACGUAUUAUGUAUAUUAUGUAUCCCCCACGCGAUGUUUCACGGGCUCUGACGGCACCAGCACGCAACAAUAAGAGCGAGGGGCAGACUCGGCUUUUCUCGGCUUUUCUCGGCUCCACUCGGAGAGGCAGCCGAGAGCCGCCUCACUCUCGCAUCAAUCCCCGCUCUUUGUUUACAUCCAAUCAAGCCAGCAGGACAGGCCGGGCGGCAGAAAUGGAGACUGCGAAUCAGUUUGCGUCUGCGGGGAGCUUCCAGGUGCUGAAACUACCUUUGGGAUUUAUUCGUGUCCUGGAGUGGCUCUUUGCAAUAUUUGCCUUUGCGACAUGCGGGGGCUUCUCCGGGCAACUGCGGCUUAGCGUGGACUGCAUGGAGAAGGCCAGCAGCAACCUCAGCAUCGCCAUCGACUUUGCUUAUCCUUUCAGGCUGCACCAGGUGUCCUUUGAAGUCCCCACGUGUGAGGACGUGAGAAAGGAGCGCCUCUUUCUCAGUGGAGACUAUUCAUCCUCUGCCGAGUUCUUCGUCACAAUUGCGGUCUUCGCUUUCCUCUACUCCUUCCUUGCAACUGUGGUCUACAUCUUCUUUCAAAACAAGUACCACGAAAACAACCGGGGGCCACUAAUCGAUUUCGUUGCAACGGUCGUGUUCUCCUUCAUGUGGCUCGUCAGCUCCUCUGCGUGGGCCAAAGCUCUGUCUGAUGUCAAGGUCGCUACGGAUCCGGAUGAGGUUCAGCUCCUCUUCGCGGCCUGCAAAGUGCAGACCAAUAAAUGUGGCUCAGUACUGGAACCACGCUGGUCUGGACUCAACACCUCAGUGGUCUUUGGGUUCCUCAAUUUCGUCCUCUGGGCGGGGAACAUCUGGUUUGUCUUCAAGGAGACUGGUUGGCACAAGAAUGCCGCCAGGUUUGUGGGAGGGGCUUCUGAGAAGCAGGCGGGCCCCUUCCCCCAGGAAAGUUUGGAUCGGCGCCAUAGCUACAGCACCCAAGGAGACCAGGGUCUGCCGUCUGAGUACAGCCAGGUCGGAGGUCUUUCCUCUUACGCCAAUCAAAUGUAGUUUUUCCCGCUGCGUUCUGUAUCUCCAGUGGCAUUUCUACAUUUUAACGUAGGAAUGAUGUUGAUGAUGUAGUGAAACAAAAAUAUUCCAGGCAAUCUGUGGAGGGAGGGUGUGAUCAGCGUGCCUGCAGGAGCAAAGGUCACCGCCUCCGUCCAUGGUGUUGAGUGGGCCACUUUUAGUAAGCAGGAUGAACCGAACGCCGGGUUAAGGCCCCGUCCUCAACACCAUGGACAGAGGCGGUGACCUUUGCUCCUGCAAGUGCGCUUUCACACUCUCCCUCCACACACUCUUUCUUCUCAAUCGCAUUUAUCGUUUCUGUGUGCUUGGUCAUGUUUUGGAAAGGAAAAUGUUUUUGGUGUUUGUGUAAUCCAACUUUCUAAACCGGUGACUUUGUGCAUGAUGUUUAUGUACCUUGUGCAAAAUCCACAGUGGGACCUCCAAAGUAAUGGUUCUCCACUUCUAAUUUGUUCUCAUUUCAAAAUAUGUUUUCCACUAUGGACUGGACUCUCACAAUAUUAUGUUCGAUCCACUAUGGACUGGACUUUCACAAUGUCAAGCUAGAUCCACUAUGGACUGGACUCUCACACUAUUAUGUUAGAUCCACUAUGGACUGGAGUCUCAGUAUUAUGUUAGAUCCACUAUGGACUGGACUCUCACUAUUAUGUUAGAUCCACUAUGGACGGAACUCUCACAAUAUAAUGUUAGAUCCACUAUGGACUGGACUUUCACAAUAUUAUGCAAGAUUCACAAUUGACUGGACUUUCACAGUAUUAUGUUAGAUCCACUAUGGACUGGACUCUCACACUAUUAUGUUCGAUCCACUAUGGACUACUCUUUCACAAUACUAUGUUAGAUCCACUAUGGACUGGACUUUCACAAUGUUAUGCUGGAUCCACUACGGACUGGACUCUCACAAUAUUAUGUUAGAUCCACUAUGGACUGGACUCUCACUACUAUGUUAGAUCCACUAUAGACUGGACUCUCACUAUUAUGUUAGAUCUACUAUGGACUGGACUCUCCCAAUAUUAUGUUAGAUCCACUAUGGACUGGACUCUCACUAUUAUGUUAGAUCCACUAUGGACUGGACUCUCACUAUUAUGUUAGAUCCACUAUGGACUGGACUCUCACUAUUAUGUUAGAUCCACUAUGGACUGGACUCUCCCAAUAUUAUGUUAGAUCCACUAUGGACUGGACUCUCACUAUUAUGUUAGAUCCACUAUGGACUGGACUCUCGCAAUAUUAUGUUAGAUCCACUAUGGACUGGACUGUCACACUAUUAUGUUAGACCGACAAUGGACUGGACUUCCACAAUAUUAUGUUAGAUCCACUAUGGACUGGACUUUCACAAUAUUAUUUUAGAUCCACUAUGGACUGGACUUUCACAAUUUGGUGUUCGAUCCACUCGACGUCUAUUUUGUUAGCAGUGGGCAGGAUGGAGCUGUGCUUUUAUUGUGAAGACAGGAACUGUGCAGUCCUUCUUUAGAGUUUUGAUGGCAGGUACGGCGCGAAAUAAAAAGUGUUUCUCGCCUUCCUGUCGGUCGUUUUUUCUUAAUAAUGAGCUGGCAGCAGCCGGCGUCAUCUCACAAGACCCUCGGGUGUUGUGAAUGUCAAUCAAGUGACGAAUGAGACAGCUUGGUGCAAAUUUCUGAUGGCAAAUUUUUAGGUCUAGUUUUUUCAAUGCCUGGCCGGCGAUGGACGUAAUGUGCACCCCUGGUUUAAAUGCUAAAUAUGCUUUCAAUGUAUAGCUAAGUUGUACCUCCACUUUUACCACAUUUCUAUCCAGCAUUUUUCAAAUUGAGAUGAAAUAAUUUAAAAGCUAUUUUUAAAAAAUGGCAGGAUGUACUCACCAGUUUAUCCACCAUUCCUGCAACAUUUUUGUUGGGUUGUGUGCCAUGAGAUUUUUGUAAUGUCAAAUAUGUGCCUUGGCCCGAUAAAAGUGAGGAAACUUUAUAGUUUUGGAGGUCCCACUGUAUGUUUUGGUCUCUUGUAAGUAACACUGUCAGGGGAGCAUGGUAACAUAUCUCAGAUUUACAGUAUACCAUGCCUUCACUUUUUAAACCAAGGGAGCAUAUUUAAUAUUAUUUAACUAAUAAUUAUUAUGUUUUGAUCCAUGUUAAGAUUUGUAUUCCGUAUCAGUUUUACUGUGAAUAUUGUCUGUUGACUUACGACCAAACACAAAAAAGGGUUUAUAUUGACUAAAGUAUGGCAAUGUGUCCUCUAACAUAUCAAAAGCCCAGCAAAAAAAAAAGUGCAUAAGCGACAUAUUUAAACAUAAAAGGUGACAGACAUGUUAUUCUGGACUGACAAUCAAUGUUUGUGUUUUAUAUCUUUGACUUGAAAUCAGAGAAAAUGUGCUUGGUUGAUGUUUGAUUCAAUGCUUAAAUUGUUUUAUCUUCUAUGCAUGUAAAAUCCCCCUGAGUGUACAUAAUAAAGCAGAUUAUGAUGUCCAUGUGUAUGAAUGUGUGCAGGCUUAAGUAUGAACAUUUGCCAACAUUGCAUUAUUUUUAAGAUGGUAACAAUGCACACGUUUGUCUGUAAUUAAUUA